GGGUUCAAGCCGGAGAUGGUGCUGGGCGAGGGCGGGUUCGGGCGGGUGUACAAGGGCUGGGCCGACGAGCGCAGCCUCAACCCGGCCAAGAGCUCCGCCGGCGUCGUCGUCGCCGUCAAGAAGCUCAACCACGAGAGCGUCCAGGGACUCCAGGAAUGGCAGUCGGAGGUGAACUUCCUGGGCCGGCUGCAGCACCCGAACCUGGUGAAGCUGCUGGGGUACUGCGGCGAGGACAGGGAGCUCCUCCUCGUCUACGAGUUCAUGCCCAAGGGCAGCCUCGAGAACCACCUCUUCAGGAGGGGCGCGGCGUUCGAGCCGCUGACGUGGGAGACGCGGCUGAAGAUCGCCAUCGGCGCCGCCCGUGGCCUCGCCUUCCUGCACUCGCCGGAGACACAGAUCAUCUACCGGGACUUCAAGGCCUCCAACAUCCUCCUCGACGCCGACUUCGGGCCCAAGCUCUCGGACUUCGGCCUCGCCAAGAGCGGUCCCGCGGCGGGGCGGUCGCACGUCACCACCAGGAUCAUCGGCACCUACGGCUACGCCGCGCCGGAGUACGUCGCCACGGGCCACCUCUACGUCAAGAGCGACGUUUACGGCUUCGGCGUAGUGCUCCUCGAGCUGCUCACGGGGCUCCGGGCGCACGACACCAACCGGCCCAGCCACCAGGUGAACCUCGUGGAGUGGGCGCGGCCCUACAUCGCCUCGGGCGGCAGGAAGCUCACCGGCCUCAUGGACCAGCGGCUCGCCGGCCAGUACCCUUCCAAGGCGGCGGCGAAUGCGGCCAGGCUCGCGUACAACUGCCUCUGCGGCGACCCCAAGUCCAGGCCCUCCAUGGACGAUGUCCUCGCCAAGCUCGAGGAGAUCGAGGCCAGGGCGUCGGCGCAAGGGAGCCGGGAUGCGCUGCCGCCAAGGCCUGCCCCGGCGGCGCGCCGCUCGCCCUACCGUGCUUCUUGCAGGCCCUGACGGACAGUGCCUGAUCCACUGAUCGAUCCGUCUUGUUUGUAACGUUUUCUUAAUUUUUGUUAGGGAGAAAUUUAGUGGCAGAGGUCAAUUGUACUCCAGAGAUGGCAUCAGGACGUAUACUCCUGAUAACACAGGUAAAACUUUAGAGUGAUUACACUGCACAUUGCCUCUUAAAACUCUAGAAUUUCAA